CCAUCUCUCUCUCUCUCUCUCUAAGCCCAUAAAAACAGAACUCAUCAGUCAUCAAGUGUAUCAUGGGUAAGAAGAGCAAUCCAUUUCCAUCCUUCUUCAUCCUGAUAUUUGUUACAAGUGGUCUGCUGUCUAGAACAGCUAGUUUGUUUCCAUCAGACCUCCAAUCUCUCUACAUUGACACUAGGCUCCGUUUGGACGCCAAGGCUAAAACCUCGGCCUCCAUUGAUUAUGGUAAUAUCACCCAAGUUAUUCCGGCUGCCGUUCUCUAUCCGGAGUCACAGGACGACAUUGCAGCACUGAUAACAUUCUCUUUUGAGUCUCCAGUUCCUUUCCUUAUAGCUGCAAAGGGCAUGGGUCAUUCAGUCAAUGGACAAGCAAUGGCUCCUGAUGGUGUUGUUGUGAACAUGAGAUCACUGAACAAUGAAGAGAACGGAAGUCGGAUUAAUGUGUCUAGGAGCACUACAUCAAUGGCGAUUAAUUGGUACGUAGAUGCUGGUGGGGAGCAGCUUUGGAUCGAUGUGCUGCGUGCCACCCUUGAAUAUGGCCUUGCACCAAGGUCAUGGACCGACUUCUUGUAUCUAACUGUGGGUGGGACUCUAUCUAAUGCUGGUAUAAGCGGCCAAACCUUUCGUUAUGGUCCCCAGAUCAGCAAUGUCUAUGAGUUGGACGUUGUUACAGGAAAAGGAGAGUUAGUGACCUGCUCCAAACACACAAACUCAAAGCUGUUUUAUGCAGUAUUGGGAGGUCUUGGCCAGUUUGGCAUCAUCACUAGAGCAAGAAUUGCAUUGGAAAAGGCCCCAAGCACGGUGAAGUGGAUGAGUUUGUACUAUGUAGACUUCUUUGCUUUUACAAGAGACCAAGAAAUUUUGAUCUCAACCCAUACAAGUCAUGAGAACAAGACAUUUGAUUACAUUGAAGGUACCCUCGUUAUGCAACAUGACACAUCAGAUGAUCCACGAAUAACUUCCCUAGCAAAACAGUAUGGCAUUGUUUACACCAUAGAAGUGGCCAAGUACUACGACGAUCUCACUAUCAACCAGGAUACGGUUGAUGAGGAACUAAAAUUGUUACUUGAAGGGUUGAGCUUUAUUCCUGGCAUGAUCACCACAACAGAUGUCUCCUAUCUAGAUUUCUUAAAUAGAGUUCGAAGUAAAGCAUUGAAAGUCCAGUCACAAGAGCAGGGAGAUGUUCUUCAUCCGUGGCUUAAUCUCUUUAUACCCAAAUCUCGGAUCUUUGAUUUCAAUUCUGGUGUUUUCAAGGGAAUCCUCCUGAAACAGAACAAGACCGCUCUAAACCGUUUCUAUCCCAUGAACCGAAACAAGUGGGAAGGCAGGAUGUCUUCAGUGAUUCCUGAUGAAGAUAUAUUCUACCAUCUUGCACUACUGCGAUCAAGUGGGAUACAUGAUCUGGAGUUUUUUCAGAGACAAAAUAGAGAAAUACUGGAAUUCUGUGACAAGGCUGGCAUCGAGAUUAAACAAUAUCUUCCUCACCACGAAUCCAAGGCAGAAUGGAUCAAGCAUUUUGGGCCCAAAUGGAACACUUUCAAAGCCAGGAAAGCCAUGUUCGACCCAAAAGCAAUAUUGUCACCAGGGCAAAGGAUUUUCAAUUCCUUGUAAGAAAAUUGUCUGUGCCAUGAAAUUCUAAUGUAUAGCAGGCAUAUAUUUAAAUCCAAUAAAAUCUCCAGGGACAUUUGUUUUCUUGGAGAUAAUCAGUCAGUCGGGUAGUUGUAUCAAAGAGUUGAAAAUUUUAUUUUUGUUGG